AUGCUAUGUCAUUGCACUUGUGAAGCCUCUGAUAUUGUACUGACAAGCACACCCACUUACGCCGCCUCAGUCAGGAAUUUUGGCUCCAGAGCUGAGUGUCGAAUACGACCAGUCGAGAUGGACAUGGAUCUACCCAGACUAGACGUUUCUAAGUAUCAACGGGCUCUGGACGCCUCACCAUGCAAAGGUAUAUCUUUUUUAAAAUUUUUCUCUGCAGGAGAAAAUGUUCGGGCGGUACUCAUCAUUAAUCCGCACAACCCGCUCGGAAUUGUGUUCCCAGUCGAUGACGUGAUUCGGCUGUGUAAUUGGGCAACGAGGAACGAUCUAGUGGUUCUGGUGGAUGAAUCGUUCACCUCGUGUGUCUUUGGCUCAACGAACUUCAGGAGUUUUCUCACUUAUAGACAUCGGGUCAUCAAGCCAGAAAACGUUUUCUACUUAUGGAGUCUGAGCAAGGAUUUUGGUAUUCCUGGAAUGAAAAUAUCUGUGGUGCAGUCAUCAUGUCCGAAACUUCUGAAGUCGCUGUCACGACUUGAACUCAUUCAUCCUGUAUCUGCCCUGGCUCACGAUGCCGCAACAGCACUUCUUUCUGACUUUGAAUGGCUUCGGAAUUUCCACUCUUUGAAGCUGGCGAGAUUAUCAGAUCAUUACGAGUUUCUUGUAAAAAAUCUACAUGACAUUGGUUUGGAAUUCACUCCUGCAGUCGCUGGUUGUUUUGUGAUGAUAGACUUCAGAAAGCACCUUCGUUCACAAACAUUCGAGGCAGAGCUGUCUCUCUGGAAAACGUUCUGUGAUCGUGGAGUGAUGCUAACCCCCGGACAACACGUCCUCUGCCCUCAGCCUGGAUGGAUGCGAUUAGUGUUCAGUUGCAGCAAAAGCGAACUUGGCGAAGGAAUCAAUCGGUUGCGAGCGUUUUUCAAACUUCCACCUGAACCAGAAGUCACUUCCGUUGAACAGGAGUACUCCUUUAACGAUGACGUGCAUAUAUCUUGUUUUGUUUAUGAUUUCUAUUCUCAUCUUUGA